GAAGCUUGGGCUCAUCUGCUUACGUUAGCUUAGCCGGGUGUUUAGCGAUGCACGUCGGAGAAUAAACCGCGGUAAAAUGUUGUCCCCCGUGUACGUGGUGCGCGGUGACUGUAAUCUGGAUUUACGGCAAAGAACGACCGAGAUUUAUGGAGAAAAUGGGGCGUUUUGAAGACGAUAUGGACUCGAGGAUUGUACCAUCUGGCAGUGCGUCUUCUGCCUCUGGGUACAGUCUCCGCUCAAGGGGAUCCGGUGCAAAGAUCAGCCCUUUCUGUCCCCACUCCUCCAGUAAACUCACCCAGUCCAUCAUCAAGGAUCACAUGAUUUCUCACUACAAGAAGGUUUACUCGGCCAAAGCUGCUAUCGACACCUCUGUGCCCAAAAGUCUGCUCUACAGUGUCAAGUACAAUGAUCAGCUGAAACGAGGACGAGCACAGAACGGCGUGAGGCCACAGUCCGCUCACUCUCUGUCCCAGCGCAGCAGAACAGCCUGUUCUCCAGCACAGAGCAGACUGUCUCUCCAGUUGGACCGAGACCCUUACCUGUGCUCCAGCAGCUCUUUGUCCUCCACCCCCAGACCCAGCACGUCCUUCCACCCGAGAAGCACCGUCUACCCCUCCUACAGCGGAGACCAGCACCACCCGCGGCCGUCCUCAGAGCGCGGGCACCGGAGCACCCUGCACAACUCACUCACCUCAGCCACAAUGUACUCCACACAAGCCGGUGGAGAUCAGCCCUUCAGCUACAGAGCGUUCCAGGACCCCAUUCAGAAAACCUACAGCGGAGAUCUUCUGGAGAAACAUGCCCAACGCUUCACUGAAGACAAGCCCUUUACCCCCAAGACCCUCAAGACGGACAAGAGCUCCUACCUGUCCAAGUACAGGUACUACAGGAGCCCUCAGCGGACAACUCAGGACAGACCCAACGCAAGCCUUAAGCACGACAACUUACACAAAAGCACAAGUCGCAGAAAAAGCACACAUGAAGUCGACGACCGAUCUCAGACCAGAGGGAUCAGCACAGACCACGAUUUCUCCGAGGACGACUUGAGCCCCUCGUAUCCGUCCUCUACGAGAGAACACAGAAGCAGAGAGCAGGAAGUGUCCCGCUCAUAUAACAGAGUUUCCUAUAAAAGCACAAAGUCUCCGAUCUCCAGGAGCGUCCUGGCAGAAGAGGAGGAGCUGAAGUACCUGGAGUUUAUUACUGACGUGACUGACGACAUCUUGUCCAGAGGAUUCAUCUCAGACAGUGUUGUCGAGCGAGUCAUCAAUCGUCACGUUGACAUGAAUCGAUAUCAUCUAAAUGAGGGUAAAAUGCGCCAUCUUCUGGAGGUUCUGCGCCAGGACUUAAAACAACCGUGCAAUUCUCCCAUCGGCACUUUGGAUUUCGAGAGACAGGAGGAGGAGGAGGAGGAGGAGGAUCAUCUACAUCUACCCAACAGUUUUCUGCAAAAUCGUGACUGUGAAGAGACCAAAGACGACACGGAACAAUUACAUCAGGUUUCAUCGAUCAAAACGUCUGAUUCUGUAGAUUACACGAGUCCCGCGUGCGCCUCGACUCUGCUCUCCGAAUCCGAAAAGACUUUUGUUGCAGAUCAAAUUGAUUUAAGUGAAGAAAAGGGGAAUAUAUCGCCGUAUUUGAGGAAGUACAGCAGUUUUAGCGAAGAAGACGUCCACGAGAACCGAUCGGAGAGUAAAAACAAAGAUAGUAGUCGAUCGGAGGGGAGCGAGACGCCGGUGAAAGAGCGCCCCGAUGUGGAGGAUUCGGGGAGCGACACGCCGGUGAAAGAGCGCCCCGAUGUGGAGGAUUCGGGGAGCGACACGCCGGUGAAAGAGCGCCCCGAUGUGGAGGAUUCGGGGAGCGACACGCCGGUGAAAGAGCGCCCCGAUGUGGAGGAUUCGGGGAGCGACACGCCGGUGAAAGAGCGCCCCGAUGUGGAGGGUUUGGGGACCGCGCUGGAGUCUUUGAACGUGUCCGACCGUUCGCACUGUGACGACGAGGAGCCGGCGAUCGCAGCUGUCAGCGACGAUGAAUUUUAGACGUUUGAAUAAUUAUGUAACGUUUCUGGCGAUUUUGUGUUGACAUUUUAAUUGUUUUAGUUUUUAUAAAAGGUGUUAAUUGAUACGUGGAGAAAAAACGAUGGAGAAAAAACGUUUAGUUUGUCAGGAAGCGUAAGAAAAAUGCAAAAAUGGAUUCAAACGGCGCUUUUUCAAGAGCCUGUGAUCAAUACGAGCGUUCAUGGUCCUGUUUACAGUGUUGGGAAGGUGACUUUUAAAAUGUAAUCCCCUACAGAUUACAGAUUACAUACCUCAAAAUGUAGUUUGUAACGUAAUCCAUUAAAUUACUUAAAGUGAGUAAUGUAAUCUGAAUACUUUGGAUUACUUGAUUUGCUGUAGAGAAGCAAAGACGAGGAAAUCGUCACAUAAGAUGUUUUGUCUGAUAAAAGAAAAUAAAAAGCCCAGACUUUACUGAACCAAAUUAAAAAUAUUAUUGAUAGAAGAAGAGGAGACACAU